AUGGUUUAUCCUACGGAGGGUGUCAGCAUAAAUGAGAUUGAGACCACUUCCGCCAUCGACAAAUACUUUGUUCAUCAUGUACCCGCCGAUCUGGGCUUCGAGUACCAGAGCAGCGUGUCCAGGCCAUGGGACCCUGGGAGGGUGAUCUUCUCAAGAGUAACUGAUUUGUGUUUCAGACCAAUCAAGAGUGUGCCCAGCCGUGAUGAAUAUGGGACAACGGAUGUCCCCAGCGCCAGUGGAAACUUUGAUGAAAGUAGAAAAGACGGGCAAGGCACUGCAAGAAACAAGACAACAGAUAAUCGAUCAAUACCAAACUCAGAGAGGAAAAUGGAGGCCAAGCUGCUGAAGAUCCUCGCCAUGUUGCUCGCGUUCUGCCUUUGCAACACAUCCUGUGACGCGCUGUGCUCUCUGUCGGAUCUCCAGGUGGCCCAGAGGACGGCGAGGACCAAGGUGGGAAGGUACCAGGAGUUCUCCGUGGAGGUGAGAAACAGCUGCAUCUGCUCACAGACCAACGUGAAGCUCCUGUGCCCAGGGUUCCAAUCCGCCAUCCGCGUCGACCCAGCCGUGAUCCGGGCGGACCCAGACGGCCAGCUCUGCACCCUCAACGACGGCCGCGCCGUGAGGAGCGGCGACGUGAUCAAGUUCGUCUACGCGUGGACCACCACUUUCAGCUUCGCGCCCGUCAACUCUACACUCGCCUGCUCCUGA